CCAUUGUCUCCUCCGCGCGCUGUCAACCACAUCACCAUACCGCCUGAACUUCGCAGCCAGUUGCUGGUUGCAGGAAAGGCUGCGUUGUCUCGUUCCAGGCCUCCGCUGUGGAUCCUGCGAUUGGGCUUCCAUAUUGCCAUCACCCUUGACUCUACUAACUUCGGCUGCUUUGCUGGCACCUUUGAAUAGGCACUCCAGCUGCAGACCCAUUCUACAAAACCAGUACAUCACCUAGAGGAGGCGGAGGGGAGACAGGCAACAAACAUGCCUUCAAUAUUAUCGGAAGAGGACAAGCAGACGGUGAAACGGACAGUGCCCAAGGCGAGCAACAAGAUCCAUGCUGUUGCAGUCGCGAAGCUAUACGUUGCGCACCCUACCCGUACUCGAUGGACAUAUACAGGAUUACAAGGAGCCGCCGUCCUGGCAAAUGAUCUCGUUGGUAACACCUUCUGGAUCAAGCUGGUCGAUGUCUCUCCGGCGAAUCGCGGCGUGAUAUGGGAUCAAGAGAUAUACGAUUCGUGGAGCUACAAUCAAGAUCGGACCUUCUUUCACACCUUCGAGUUGGAGGACUGUCUCGCAGGCUUGAGCUUCGCGGACGAGAAAGAGGCGAAGCAGUUCAAGAAGAAGAUGGACGAGAGAGAGAGGAACGCGCAUAAAAAUACGAGGAACAGACCGUUUGCGAGUGGGCCGGCACAGAGCGCAGGAGCAUAUGGAGGUGGACAGCAGGCCUACGCUGCACCGGAACAGCAAGGUGGUCUGAAGAGCAAGCUGGGACUGGGUGGGCUCUUUGGACACAAGAGUCACACACAGCUGCAAGGCCCGGCACAAAGCAUCAUCCCACCUCGAGGAGUGCAGAUCAGCGACUCGUCACAGAGUACGCCAAGCAGGAGCAGAGCGAAUACUUCACAGUCCAACGAUAUCGAUCUGAGCGAUCCGGCUGUUCAGGCCGUGUUGGAUGACCUGCUGCAGAUGGGCAUUACACAAGAUCAGAUUCACGAGCACUCGGCCUUCAUCAAGAGCUACCUUGAGCAGAAUAAGGCUACGGCAGCCGCUCAGGCUGAGAAGCAGGAAAGGGCUUCACGUGCACCUCCGCCGCCGCCACCUGACGCCGCGCGAGUCAGUCCACAGAACACUGGAAGCACUGGAAGAGGACCACCUCCUGCACCCCCGCCAUCUAGGAGGAAGGCUGGGGGAGCUUCAGCUGCGCAGAGACCUCCCUCGCCAUCUUCAAGUCCGGAGAGGGGCUCGUCGCCUGUGCGAAGGACUUUCAAGGUGCCACCUCCUCUUGCGGAUGCUGGCGCGAAGUUCAUCAAUGCCUCUUCGAUGCCUGGGCGCAACAGAGCCGUGAGCCAGAGCAAUCCCGGUCCGCCGCCUCCACCUCGACCUCCAAAAGAAGCCAUGGAAGACACGCCUCCAUCCUCAGCACGAUUCGGUGUCCCGCCUCCUUUCGAAGGCAAGCGUGUGAUAGCCAAUCCUGUACCUCCGCCACCCCCUAGAUCAGGCGGCGUCCCUCCUCCACCCCCUCCGAGAGACAGCCCAGCUCCUUCAGGCGUACCGCCCCCACCACCUCCUCGAGACUCGCCCGCACAAAGCUCAUUCGGCAACGAUGUGCACAUGAUGCCACCACCUCCUCCACCACUUCCUCCCCCAACUUCGCGACCUGUUCCGGGACCUCCUUCGGCCCCUCCUUUGCCCCCUCCGAACACUGCCAAUGUGCCACCUCCUCCGCCGCCAUUGCCGCCUUCAAAUGCUGCAAAUAUUCCCCCUCCUCCGCCUCCAUUGCCGCCUUCAAACAACAGCGCUGGACCACCGCCACCGCCUCCUUUGCCUCCAACGUCGAGCAGCGGCCCUUCGGCGCCUCCACCCCCGCCACCAAUGCCAGGACGCGCACCUGGCGUCCCAGAGGACAGCGCAGCCGCUUUGCCCAAAGUGGUGGCCCCGGGACGAGAUGGUCUUCUUGCGGAUAUCCGUGGUGGCGCACGACUCAAGAAAGUCUCGGAGGCGGAGAAGAAGGAUCGAAGUCAAGCCAUGGUUCCUGGUGCUGAAGCUCCUGCUUCGACGAGCUCAGGGGGUGGAGGUGGAGGCGGAGAUGCUGCGCAAGGGGGCUUGGCUGGAGCUCUGGCUUCGGCUUUAGCGGCGAGGAAGAGUAAAGUUAGUCAUUCUGAUGACGAGAAAGACGAUGAUGAUUGGUAGUAGGGAUCACUAUUGCUGUUGUACACGUUGGUGAGCAGAGUGUGAUAUUAGUACGAAAAGAACAAAAGGACGGACAGGGCUGGGAAGUAAGGGGAACGAGCUUGAAAAACAGACUGAUCAUUGAUGUGGUCACGUUGUUGUUGGCCGCAUGCAAGAGGUUCUCGUGUACCCGUCAAUGUCAGUGCCAACAUCCAGAAUCUCACAAUAACAACCCGGGUACCUGUGACUCAUGAGUUCGCUAUGAUGCUCCCUAGGCAUGAAGCUGACAAUACAUCGCCCGGCUUCCUUACUAUACCGUU